GUUUUUGAUUCACCCAAGUUCUCUAUCGUUUCAUGUUCGGAAUCUAGUCAUCCAAUUCGUUUUCAGCAUUUUGGGGAAGCUAGUAGCAUAAAGAUACAAGCUUUCGAGAUCCUUGGUUCAGAUUCCAGUGCCGGGGCAUGCGCUUGGUUAACCUCGGGCAACAGCACUCGGGCCCGAGGCCCGAUCACCAUAUUUAUAAUAGCUGGCCUCUGUUCCUUUUUCUACCUGCUGGGCGCGUGGCAGAGGAGCGGGUUCGGAAAAGGGGACUCCAUAGCACUGCAAAUGACCAAAACCGACGAAAAUUGCGACAUCCUCCCGAACCUCAAUUUCGAGACCCACCAUGCUAGCCAGGCUGGCGUGAUCGACGACCCGUAUUCAAGAAAGCCAGUAAUGUACAAACCGUGCAGCCCAAAGUACACCGACUACACUCCUUGCCAGGACCAAAGGCGAGCCAUGAAAUUAUCCCGUGAGAAUAUGCUUUACCGCGAAAGGCACUGCCCACCUAAGGAAAAAAGGCUCCGUUGCCUUAUUCCAGCUCCUGAUGGGUAUGUGUCCCCAUUCCCAUGGCCGAAGAGCCGUGAUUAUGUUCCUUAUGCAAAUGUACCGUAUAAGAGCUUGACAGUAGAGAAGGCUAUUCAGAACUGGGUUCAGUAUGAAGGGAAUGUGUUUAGAUUUCCUGACGGGCUGUAUAUGAAUGAAGUCGAUCGUGUGCUUAGACCUGGUGGUUACUGGGUGCUUUCGGGCCCACCCAUCAAUUGGAGGACCAAUUACCAGGCAUGGCAGAGGCCCAAGGAAGAACUCGAGGAGCAGCAGAGAAAGAUUGAAGAGGUUGCUAAGCUUCUCUGCUGGGAAAAGAAAUCCGAGAAAGGUGAAAUUGCUAUUUGGCAGAAAUCAAUGGAUACAGAUUCAUGUCGUGCAGCACAAGAAAAUUCGGGAGCUGAGUUCUGUAAAUCUGAAGAUACUGACAAUGUCUGGUACAAAAAGAUGGAGCCGUGCAUUACCCGUUAUGACAUUGCUAACAGUAGUGAACUCAAACCAUUCCCUGAGAGGCUUUACUCUGUACCCCCACGAAUUGCUAGUGGCUCGAUUCUUGGCGUGUCAGUCGAGGCGUACAAAGAGGAUAACAAGCAAUGGAGAAAGCAUGUGAAUGCCUAUAGAAAGAUUAUCAAGAUUAUCGACUCCGGAAGGUUCCGGAACAUUAUGGAUAUGAACGCCGGAUUUGGGGGAUUUGCAGCGGCACUCGAGUCUCCCAAGCUGUGGGUUAUGAAUGUUGUGCCCACUAUUGCCGAUAAGAAUACUCUUGGCGUUAUAUAUGAAAGAGGGUUGAUCGGCAUCUAUCAUGACUGGUGUGAGGCCUUUUCCACGUACCCACGAACAUACGAUCUCAUUCAUGCGAAUGGUGUGUUUAGCUUAUACAAGGAUAAGUGUGAUUUUGAAGACAUUUUGUUGGAGAUGGACCGAAUUCUUCGGCCAGAGGGAACCAUUAUAUUCCGAGACAAUGUGGAUGUGCUCGUGAAAGUGAAGAGAAUGAUCGGUGGCUUGAGAUACGAUUCUAAAAUGGUCGAUCAUGAAGAUGGGCCCCUUUUUCCCAAAAAAUUACUUUUUGCCGUGAAGCAGUAUUGGGUAGGCAACUCAACUUCCGAGCAAUAAGACAUAUAAAACAGAAGAAAACCCAACAAAAAUUCUUGGAUUCUCGCAAAGGAAAAGAAAGAGAGAAAUUGCAGAAGACAUGAGAAAAUCGUGCUGGAGAAAAAGGGGCAACGUAUUGAUUAACUAUACUUUGCUAUAGAAAUGUGUUAUCAACCCCUAUUUGUAGUUAAGCACAUCUGACUGCAAGGUGGGGAAAGAGGAGCGAAAAACUGCGCUUCAACUUAUAUUUUGUUAUUAUUCUUGUACCACAAAUUUUGAAGGUUGUGUGUAAUGUGUAUGUUAAAUCAUGGAUAGAGUUUAAGACAUCAGAGUGAAGUGAAGUGAAGUUACUGCAUAUUGUCAGAAUG